AUGUUCAAAGGAAUUCUAUUGUUGUUCAUGGUAUGGACUUGUGCAGCUCUUGCAUCAGGGAGCAAGACCGCUUCCAGUUCCAAGCCCUCUUGCCUGAUCGGUGGCACGACCUUCAACUUGCAAGACUACGGUGCCAAAGGUGACGGCGUCACAGAUGACACGCAAGCCCUCGAGAGAGCAUGGCAAGAUGCAUGCAAAUCUCCAGACGCAACGCUUCUCAUCCCCGGUGGCAAGACGUUCCUCAUCGCCCAGGUCUCACUCCAGGGCCCAUGCAAGCCCAACACAAAGAUACGUAUCGAGGGCAACAUCCACGCCCCGGACGCAUCCUCGUGGAGCAACUCCAACUCCGCCCCCUGGAUCCAGAUCAAGAACCUCGAAGGCCUCAAGGUGGAGGCAACCGGGACGCUGGACGGAAACGGCACAUCGUGGUGGUCUCGGGCCUGCAAGCCCACGCCGGGGUCGACGUCGUGUAGGAAAGCCCCGACCUCGAUCGAGUUCAACACGGUCAAGAACCUCCGGGUCAACGGCCUGGAGGUGGUCAAUAGCCCGCGCAUGCACGUUAACUUUAAUGGCUGCCAGCACGUAGCCGCGCAGUGGCUGCGGAUCAACUCCCCCGGCAACAGCCCAAACACCGACGGUAUCCACAUCACGAACUCGCAGGACGUCGUGAUCAAGUACGCCAUGGUUGCCGCGGGUGACGACUGCGUCUCCAUCGUCGGGGGCUCCUCCAACAUCGACGUGAGCUCCAUCGUGUGCGGCCCCGGCCAUGGAAUCAGCAUUGGGAGCUUGGGAGGUGGCGACGUGGUGUCCGGUGUGAGAGUCCGCAACGCUAAUCUGAUUGGAACCACCAACGGAGUGAGGAUCAAGAGCUACAAGAAUGGGCAUGGCGCGGUGAGCGAUGUGAGCUUCGAGGACGUGAGGAUGGACGAGGUGGCCAACCCCAUCAUCAUCGACCAGGCCUACUGCGACGCGCACGAGCACGACUGUGGCGCGGAGGCGGCGGCAGAGGAGGUGAGUGGCGUGAGCAUCAGUGGCGUGAGGUACAAGAACAUCAGCGGUACCUCCAAGACCAAGACGGCGAUCACGCUCAGGUGUAGCCAAGUUGUGGGCUGCGACGGAAUCGAGCUGGACAACGUGGAGAUCACUCAGGCAACCAAGGGGGCGAAUGCUGAUGCGAGGUGUAGCAAUGCGUAUGGAGUGGCGGGCAAGAAUGUGUUCCCGGAGAGCUGCCUGGCGGCGCAGGAGCUAAAGUCGAGAAGAGCGAGCUCGAGCGUGCAGGCUGAAAAGGUCUCCUUGCCAUUUAGCUAA